GUGGCCUGCGGCUUCCCGGCCAGUAGCGCCGCUGUCGGUGGAGCGGGCCGGCCGUGCGGACACCGUCGGGUCGCGGGCGCUCGCCGCGGGCCGCAGCUCGGCGCCGACACCGCCAGCGCCGCGGCGUCCAGCAUGGACUUCGAGGACGAUUACAUACACUCUGCCUGCAGGAACACUUACCAGGGCUUUAAUGGAAUGGAUCGUGAUUAUGGCCCUGGAUCUUACGGAGGUCUGGCAUUCAAGGAUAUUUAUCUAAAAAUUCUUCUUUUGAGUGCCAGUAAAGGUUUGGACCUUAUGAGUCUUACGACUCCAGGUCUUCUCUGGGUGGGCGAGAUCUGUACAGAUCUGGCUAUGGUUUUAAUGAGCCCGAACAAAGCCGCUUCGGAGGUAGUUAUGGUGGUCGAUUUGAGAGCUCCUACCGGAAUAGCCUUGACUCUUUCGGAGCCUGCACCUGUAGGCUCUCGGGGGAGAGGAACGCCUGCUUAUCCUGAAAGUACGUUUGGAAGCAGAAACUAUGAUGCUUUUGGAGGACCAUCAACAGGCAGAGGCCGAGGCCGAGGACAUAUGGGUGAUUAUGGAAGCAUUCAUAGACCUGGAAUUAUUAUUGACUAUCAAAACAAACCCACCAAUGUGACGAUUGCUACUGCAAGAGGAAUAAAAAGAAAAAUGAUGCAAAUAUUUAAUAAACCUGGGGGAGCCUUUAUCAAGAAACCUAAGCUAGCAAAACCUAUGGAGAAGAUGAAACUCAGCAAAUCACCUACAAAAACUGAUCCUAAAAAUGAAGAAGAAGAAAAGCGGCGAAUUGAGGCUCGGCGAGAGAAGCAGAGACGUAGACGAGAGAAAAACAAUGAGAAAUAUGGAAGUGGAUACAGAAUGGCUUUCACGUGUUCAUUUUGUAAAUUUCGCACCUUUGAAGAAAAAGAUAUUGAACUGCAUCUGGAAAGUUCUUCACACCAGGAAACACUAACUCAUAUUCAGAAACGAACCAAAUUUGACAAAGUAGUUAUGGAGUUUUUACAUGAAUGUAUGGUGAAUAAGUUUAAAAAAGCGUCUAUUCGUAAGCAACAGACACUUAAUCACCCGGAAGCUUAUAAAAUAAUUGAAAAAGACGUUAUGGAAGGUGUCACUGCAGAUGACCAUAUGAUGAAAGUGGAGACUGUGCACUGUAGCGCCUGCAGCGUGUACAUCCCCGCCUUACACAGCUCAGUGCAGCAGCACCUCAAGUCUCCUGACCACAGCAAAGGCAAGCAGGCUUAUAAGAAACAAAUAAAAAGAGAAAGCGUGCUGACUGCUAUAAGCAUCUUAAAUAACCCAAUAGUUAAGAAGCGGUAUAAGCGCUUUGUUAAGGGAGAGAAUCCUUUUGAAACUCAAGAUUAUGCUCAGGAUCAGCAGAUAGAAGGAGAUGAAGAUGAUGAAGAGAAGAUUGACGAACCCAUUGAAGAGAAGGAGGAUGAGGAGGAUGAGGACGAGGAGGACGAUGAGGAGGAAGAGGAGGAUGAUGAAGAAGUAGAGGAAGGGGGAGAGGCAGAAGAGGUGGAAGAAGCAGAGGAAGAGGCCGAAGCUGGAGUAGCAGAGGGAGAGGCGGAGGGAGAGGCUGAGGAAGAGGCGGAGGAAGAGGCGGAGGCAGAGGCUGAGGGAGAGGCGGAGGGAGAGGCGGAGGAAGAGGCGGAGGCAGAGGCGGAGGGAGAGGCGGAGGGAGAGGCGGAGGGAGAGGCGGAGGGAGAGGCGGAGGUUGCGGCGGAAGUUGAGGCCGAGGAAGAGGCCGAUAUGCAGGGGGAGGAGGGUACGGCAGCUACAGGGGAAGGUGAGGCAGCAGAGGGAGAAGCAGAGGCAGCAGGGGAUGCAGCGGUAGAGGAGGAGGGCUGAGGGGUGGGAGUAGUCAGACGCAGGCACACGGGCACAGGAGCUUGACCUCCACUGAUAGCGUGUGAACUGACACCGUGCUGCAUGCGUUCCACAUGUUAAAGUUGGUUUUAUAUAAUUUCUAAAUGUUUGGCACUUGUUUAAUAAAGUAAAGUUUAAGGUGAUUUCAGCUUAGUUUUUAAUAGAUACCAAACUUAGAUGUGAUAAAUUGUUUGUAUGAUCUUUAUUACCUUAUUGGUAUUCAGGAUGCUAGAUGUAUGUUGUUCCUCUGUUGUAAUCAUUUGAACUUAAAUGCUGCUCUUGGAAGUAAGCCUUAAGAGUGCGUUCAGUUUUCAAUAUUUACUCUAGAUUGAUUGGACAAUUGCUUUGUCCUGAUGGUGUAUUUCUUAUUUUCACAUGGACUAGCAGUUAGCAUUAAGAUGGCUUCAAGGCUUUUGUGUACAGUUCCCUUUGUAGCAAUAAAAUGUUUUCUCUCUUUUUUUUUUUUUAAACAAAACCUUUUUCCUUUGAUUGCAGGUUAAACAUUUCACCAAUUAAAUGAGUAUUUAAAAAAUCAAUAUCUGCCUUAAUGUAUGAGUUUAGCUCACAAGUAUUUCAAGUGAUUGAGAAGACUUGAAUUAAAACAUUUUUCCUCAAUCAUAUUUUUAAAAUGUGACUACUGUAUAUUUUCUAACACAUUUCAGAGGUCAAUCUGUAACUGACCUUGUUUAUACUAGCUUUAGUGUGUUCUUGUCUCUGUAUCUAUGUCGGACCUUGGAACCUUCCAGAAAAUACAGUUUAAUAUAAAUAA